AUCAUUUACUUCCUGUAUGUUAGCACUAGCAUUAAUCUGCUGUAAGACUCAAGUAAAUUAGGAAGUAAAUGUUAUAAAAUAAUAAAUAAAUAAAAAUAUAUAAAAGUGUUAUUUAAAAGACAGUGUCGAUGUCGUAAAGGCAUUUUUUCAUUUUUAGCCCGAAGUGUUUCGCGGUAACGUUAUGGCACUUAGAAAAAGAAAGACGCUAGCAUUGACAGUAGCAGCAGCACCUGAAAAAGUAAAUAAACGUAAAAACAGGACGGAUUUUAAACUAAACGGUUCACCUGCCAAGCUGAAGGAGCCCAUUCAGUGUGAAAAUGUUCAAAGUGCUGAAACGGAGCGAAGCCAUUAUUUCACCAAUAAUGACCUGCAGCACAGACUGGGAGAGGAGUUUUUCAACCAAUCUUGCAUCAGUUUGGCCAAAGCAUUCCUCGGCAAAGUGUUGGUCCGCAGGUGUGCAGAUGGUACUGAGCUGCGGGGGAGAAUAGUGGAAACUGAAGCCUAUCUUGGAGGGGAGGAUAAAGCCUCACACUCAGCAGGAGGCAAACGUACUGAGAGAAACACAGCCAUGUUCAUGAAGCCUGGCACAAUCUAUGUGUAUCCAAUCUAUGGCAUCUACCUCUGUAUGAAUGUGUCUAGUGAAGGGGAGGGUGCUGCCCUGCUGCUGCGCUCCCUUGAGCCCCUGCAGGGUCAGCCCACCAUGAGGCAGCUAAGGGCAGCCAGACGCAAAGAGGGAGCACGACAACUGAAGGACAAAGAGCUCUGCAACGGGCCUUCGAAGCUGUGCCAGGCUCUAGAUAUACCCCGCUGUUUUGACCGUCGAGACUUAGCCUCAGACCCAGAGGUGUGGCUGGAGAGGGACCCCAACACAAAUCCAGCAGAACCCAACGAUAUAGUAUCAGCACCACGCAUUGGAAUUGAGUCCCAUGGGGAAUGGGCCAAGAAGCCGUGGCGGUUUUAUCUUCGUGGGCACCCCUGUGUUAGCGUAGUGAAUAAAGAGGCCGAAAGACAGUCAAUGUCUGCAAAUGUAAUGAAUGAUUUAGGUCCCUCAGAUGUGCAGUCUGACACAGGACAGCACAAUGUCAAAAGGACUUAACAGGAAUAUUCCAUAAACUACUCUGCCAUCUGUUCCCUUCGUGGACUUUUAGACAGUAUAAAAAUGUUUGUUUGGUUUGCUGAGAUAGACUACUUCUUGAAAUUAAUACUUUUUGAAAUAAUUAGAUCAUUUUUUUUUAUAGUUUUAUAGUUCUUAGGAAGUCAAGAUGGUAGAAUAACCUCCAUGAUUGGUUGAAAGUCUAAAUUCUAAUUUCCAUAAAUUAUACAAAAUGUUUCUCAUCCAUUUUGUAAGCUGCUAUUUAUUUCGACACAGUGUAUUAUGGUAUCGAGGCAAAGUUGUACUGGAAAGUAAUAGAUUAGAACUUCAGCUAGAGAAAGACUCAAUUUAUCAGUGCCUAUAAAAAAAUCUGUUCUGAAACUCACGCAUGAGUGUCUUUUGUUUAGGUCUUCCAUCUGUAUUUUUUAAUAAACAUUCAUACUGAUUUCA